AUGCCGUGCGCGUGCGCGUGGAUCACCGGUGCCGGCACCGGCGCCCCCCUGUGCUCGUACGACUUUCAACCCAAAGAAGAACCCCUCGCCGUCGUCGUCUUCUUACACGGCGUCGGCGAACACGCUCGAAGAUACGAUGGUUUCUUCAGACUUUUGAAUUCCAAAAAGAUACACGUCGUGACGUAUGAUUGCGUCGGACACGGCGCGAGCGAUGGACUUCCGGGAUACAUCCAGAGCUUCGAUGACGUGGUGAAGGACGCGAGAGGGGUCUUGAGGCGAACGCGGGAGAGAUUCGGAGGCGGCGUCCCUAUAGUUUUGUGCGGACAGUCAUUCGGUGGGCUGGUGGCGGCGACGGUGGCGGCGAUGGAGGGUGCUGAAGGCGACGGCGCGUUGGAUGGGCUAGUAUUGACAGCGGCGAGCGUGGACGUGCACUGGACGCCGGUUUUGAGGGCACAGGCGGCGGUGGGUGCUGCGCUCGCCGCGGCUGCGCCUAAAGCUCGGUGGGUUCCGGCGGUUCGGUUGGAGGACAUGACGAGCGACGCGGCGACGUUGGAGUCGUACGCGAGCGACCCGUACGUCCAACUCGGUGGGGUGCGGUGUAAGACGGCGUACGAGAUCUUGAGAGGCUUUAGAUCGUUACGGAAUCGGUACCAAAGUGUGCGGUGUCCGCUCUUGGUGCUGCAUGGUGGCGACGACGCGUGCGCGGAUAAAAACGCGGCGAGGCGCUUGGUGAGCGAAGCGUUGAGUUCAACGAAAGAGUACGUUGAGUUUGCAGGGAUGCACCACCUGAUUUUACAGGAACCUGGAAGCGAUGCGGUGCAGGCGCGCGUGGUAGACUUCAUCGAAAACGUGGCGCGUUCCAACUCGCGCCGACGCUCCAUGCAUUCCUCGAGCUCUUCACUUCGAUCGAGACUGUAA